UUUCAUUCCAACUUCAACUUAACACUCCACACGCCAUGUACGGGCACACUCACAACAAUGACACAUAUAACUUCUCACCGGAGUUGCUCACCGUGCCAGGAUCAACUACUACACCAUUGCCUCAUCCAUCGUAUGUAGGGACCGAUUACUUUGUACCGCCACCACGUCUAGCCAUUCCUGCAUAUCAUGAGUUGGAUUCCGUUUAUGCAACAAGUAGUGGAGGGUAUGACUCGCCAAGCUCUUAUACUGGGAGCCCGAGCGUGGUGAUGCAAAGGAGCGGAAGUAGUCAAUCUAUUGCUACUCAGUUCCAAAAUAACGGGUUCUUUAAUCAACCCGUUUCGUCCCCUUCUGAAUUACUGGAUUCAGAAGGAAGCAGUUCCUAUACAAUGAGGAGGGUUUUCAGUGCCGAAGAUUUUCAGGGAACAAAUUUGGUGCAAACUCGAUAUCAUCGUUCAGAAAGCCCGUUAUCAAGUGAAAGUAAUAGCAUCAUAGAAAGCAUGAACAAAGCGUGUAAAUACUCGCCUGAUGAGAAAAGAGAGAGAAUUGAAAGAUAUAGAAACAAGAAAACCCAACGUAAUUUCACAAAGAAAAUCAAGUAUGUAUGUAGGAAAACAUUGGCGGAUAGUAGACCUCGUAUACGAGGAAGAUUUGCUAGGAAUGAUGAAAUCGAUAAGACAAUAGAAAUAGAAGAUCAAUGUACGACUCAAGAAGGUGGAGAAGAAGGUUUUGAUGAUGAAGAUGAGGAUAAUUGGAUAAACAACUUUCUUGAUUCAUUCCCCCCAAAUCUCAUUCCUUAAAAUGACAAUGUAGUUUCUUGGAUUAAGAUCCUCCAAAGUUAGAAUCCCUUUGAAGUUCUAAGUUAUAAAUUGUGAGAUGAGCAAAUGGUGAGCCCUUAAUCGUUUGACGCCAUUUAAUUGGUUCACUUUACCAAUUUUAGGAAUUCUUACUUUAGAUGAUCUCAAUUCCACCUAUUUUCGAUUUUUUUUUCUUUUUAUUAAAUAAUUAUAUAGAAAAAGUUUAAGGUUUGAAUAACCCCAGCUAGCUAGUGUUCACCUUCUACGAAUUAGCAGCUGCCAAUCCUAUUUUUAUUUUUGAGGUAUUUUUGGGAGCCCUAUUUGAUCUCUAAUUAGGGAAUCAUAGUUUCUACUUUUGAUUUUCAUCAGUUUUGUAAAGAGUUUUGUCCGAAUAAAUUUGAUG